UCCACAUCACUAUCCCCCUCCCCAUCCUCCUCCACAUCACUAUCCUCCUCCACAUCACUAUCCACAUCACUAUCCACAUCACUAUCCACCUCCACAUCACUAUCCACAUCACUAUCCCCCUCCACAUCACUAUCCCCCUCCACAUCACUAUCCACAUCACUAUCCCCCAGAUCCACAUCACUAUCCCCCUCCACAUCACUAUCCCCCUCCACAUCACGAUCCACA